AUGUUGGAAGGGGAGCAAGGGGUCCGCGAUACACAGCAGGCUGCCACGGGGCAGCUGAUUCUGCUGCACAACAGCGAGCUGGGGAGUUUGGUUGUCCAUUUGAGUGGGAGGGAGGAGGUGCCUCACGAUGAACAAGGGGACAUCGACAUUGAGUUAUCGACUGUGGCAGGGAAUCUAUCCCCACGGCUGGUCGAUCGACAACAGAGGGUGGGGGAGUCAGCGGUGGUGGCUUUGAACAUUGACCAAUCUCAGGCAGUUGAGAGAGAAUCCAAGCAAGCGAGAGGGAAGGGUGUGCGCGCUCGUAUUCCCUCUGACAGACAGCUUCGGUCCGCGACAUCUUCCCAUAACUCCUUUCAGUGCUCCGUGGAGGAGCGGAGAGAACUUUGGAGCAACCUAGUAGCGGAUAAGCUUAGCUCUCUGCCAUGGUGCAUUGGGGGGGAUUUUAAUGUCAUAAUGGCUCCUCAUGAAAAACGGGGAGGCAGACCGUUUGCUGUAACUGAGGGGGUGGAGUUUAUGUCCUUCUUGGAGGAGGCUGGGGUUUUUGAUGUGGGCUUUUCAGGGCCUAGCUUCACGCUGUUAGUCAAUGGGAAAUGUUUGGAUUUCUCUGCAGCCAUCUCUGUGGUUCACUUGGCGAGACAUCCCUCGGACCAUGCGCCGUUGAAGAUUUCGUUUGCUUCUCGGAUUGACAAUAAGCCAAGGUCUUUCCGAUUCUUGAAUGUCUGGAGGACUAAACCGGACCUUUUGGAGGUGAUUAGACAUGCCUGGGGUCAAGAAACAAGUGGUUCUCCACUGCGUGUUUUGUGCUCUAAAUUAUUGGCGACGAGGAGGGCUAUUCAGGUCUGGAACAAGCAAUGUUUUGGAAAUGUGUUCGAUGCUGUUCGUGAGGCGGAGCAGGCGGUACAAAGGGCUGAGGAGGCUGUGGAUCAUGAUGAUUCGGAAGCGGGUCAAGUUGAACUCAGGAAGGCUCAAGCGAAGCUACGUUAUGCUUUGUCUAUUGAAGAGCAGUAUUGGAGUCAAAAGGCACGAGUUAAAUGGCUUCGAAGUGGAGAUCAUAAUUCGAGGUAUUUUCAUGCGGUGGUAAGGCAGAGACGGGCCCAAGGGAUGAUACAUCAAAUAAAGAAGUCCAACGGUGAUUGGGUGGAUACGGAUGCUGAGAUAGCAAGUGAGGCAAUCACGUACUUUUCUAAUCUUUUUGCUGGACCGUUGGAGGCUACUUCCGAUAUGUUGCACCUCAUUCCACCCUUGAUUACAGCGGAGGAUAAUCGCAUGUUUGAGGCAGUUCCUACUAUAGAGGAGGUGCAUCAAGUUGUAAGGGCAAUGGAUGGGGAUAGUGCAGCGGGCCCUGAUGGAUUCACAGAACUACCUCGCUUCAUCACCUCUACCUCGAUCGUGCUGGUUCCUAAAGUCUCGAAUCCUCAGGAUCUCUCUCAAUUUAGACCGAUUAGUCUGUGUAACUUCUUUAACAAGUUGUUAUCCAGAAUCUUGGCUGAUAGAGUGACUAGUGUCUUGCCAAGGAUUAUUUCCCCUAAGCAGUCAGGGUUUGUUAAGGGCCGCAAUAUAUCGGAGAAUUACCUACUAGCUCAAGAGAUGGUGUCGGGUAUUAGGAAAAAAGUUAGGGGUGGCAACAUCGUUCUGAAGCUAGACAUGUCCAAAGCUUAUGGCAGGGUAUCUUGGUUGCAUAUUAUUGGGGUCUUGCGGAGGUUUGGCUUUGGGGAGCGUUUCAUAGAUAGGGUAUGGUGGCUAUUGUCUAAUGUUUGGUUUUCGGUAAUUAUCAAUGGGUCUUCGCACGGAUUCUUUAAGUCUAUGAGAGGGUUACGUCAGGGUGACCCAUUGUCGCCGGCAUUAUUUAUUAUAGGGGCCGAGGUCUUGUCGAGAGGCUUAAAUGCCCUCAUGGUGCAAUUGGGUUUCUUGGGGUUUAAAGUUCCAUAUGGCUGCCCCUCUAUAACUCAUUUGGCAUUUGCGGAUGAUGUGCUUAUUUUUGCGAAUGGGUCCUCCUCCUCUCUGAAGGACAUUAUGCAGGUGUUGGAGAUAUAUCAACGGUGCUCAGGCCAGUUGAUAAGUGCUCAAAAAAGUGGGUACUUGGUUCAUCCGUCUUUGUCCCUGGCUAGAAGAAGGGUGAUUGAACGUGUCACGGGGUUUACUUGGCAGCCUUUUCCUAUCCGCUAUCUAGGGUUUCCGCUUUACUUUGGGAGGUGUAAAUCUUCAUAUUAUGGAGCAGUGUGUCAGUCUAUCCUUGGACGGGUCUUGUCAUGGAAAUCGAAGUUUUUGUCUGCAGGGGGCAAGAUGGUUUUAAUCAAGCAUGUGUGGUCGUCAAUGCCAGUACCUUUGCUAUCCGCUGCUGUGAUUCCUACCUCGGUUUUUAAAUCCAUAGAGCAGAAUGGUCCAUCCUUGUCAAGCAGAGAUGAGGUUGACGGAUUCGGCGGUCUGGAGGCAUAUGUUGAACGUGAGGCGACACGUGGAACUUUCCAUGGGGACAUUGUCCCCUCCAUCUUACAGUACCCGGUCCCUGAUGGAGGGUGUGCAGAUGAAGUCAUUUGGGUGCCAUCGACGUUUGGUACAUUCACAUUAGCAUCUGCUUUUCGAGACGUCCGACAGGCCCGUAACACGUCGGUGGUUUUCUCUAAGGUUUGGCAUCCUCGCCUCCCUUUGAAAGUGUCAUUCUAUAUGUUGCGUCUAUUGGUGGAGAGGCUGCCACUGCCGGAUGCUUUAUGCAUACUUGGGUUCCAUUUGCCUUCUAAAUGUUUUUGCUGUCAUGGUGCGUCUGAGGAAUCUAUUGAGCAUGUGUUUGCCAGUGGUCACGUAGCGUCAGAGGCUAGAAAUAAAGCAGUGUUUGAGGGGGAACAGAUGCGGUCUACUGUCAUUUGUCAAUCCAUCUUCUCGGAAGUCAAGUCCAUUGUGGAGAUCCACUUCAAACAAAAGCUUGGGGUGCAAACAUUCUGUCAGUUGUUUGAUUGGUCGAAUUUGACUACCAGGGUAUUUGACUUUAAACUUGUUCGCUGGGAGGCGAAGCCGAUGGGGGGUCUGGUGCUUAAUACGGAUGGUUGUUCCAAAGGUAAUCCAGGUGUGGGUGGAGGUGGAGGGGUUCUUCGGGAUUCAACUGGGAUGCCUCUGGUUGUGUUUUCGGUUUUCUUUGGGGAAACUACUUGUCUUCGCGCGGAGACGUUAGCCCUUCUUAUUGGCCUUCAAACGUGUGUUCACCGGGGCUUUAUUAAUCUAUGGGUGCAAUCGGACUCAUUGGUCUUAGUUGGGGUUCUCCAGCGGCGCAUUCAGUGCCCGUGGCAGAUCUGA